AUGACGUCCAAAGCCUUCUUCUUCUCUUUCUUGGUCGUCUCCGUCGUGUGUUUGUCCUCUCUCGCCGGAUUUUCGGCCGCCGAUGCUGAUGAUUUUGACCGUUUCCAAAUUCAGGGAUCAGUUUAUUGUGACACUUGCCGUGUCCAAUUUGUUACCCGCCUCAGCAAAUUCCUUGAAGGUGCGAAAGUGAAGUUGGAGUGCAGGAGCAGAACAAACGGAACCCUAGCGUUGACCAAAGAAGCCAUUACCGACAAAACGGGAAGCUACAAGAUGGAAGUAACCGGCGACCACGAAGAAGAAGUUUGCGAGCUCGUGUUGGUCCAAUCACCAGACAGUGGUUGCAGUGACGUCAGCAAAGAUGCGUACUUACGUAACGCCGCUAAGAUCAGUCUUACGGCGAAUGACGGCAUCGUCUCUCACGAGACACGUAUCGUUAACCCUCUCGGUUUCAUGGUUAAGACACCGUUAGCUGACUGUCCCGCUGCUUUCAAUGAGCUCGGUAUUGUCCCUGACGUUACCUUCUAA